CCGCGGGCCUCCCUCUCUCUGGUCCUUGUCCUUCCCUGCCGGGUCUGGGGGGCGCUCCGGGCAGUGACAGCGCCCCUGCCUUCGAGACCAAGUACUUUGGACUGUGCUGGCGGUCGAGCACCCUCCCCCGCGUGUUCUGCGGGGUGAGUGAGCCCCGCGGGGUGCUCCCGCAGCCCUUACAAGGAGUUUGGCGGCGCUCGGGGCGGCCCCGCCCGCCGUGCUCCUCCCGCCCCUCCUCCGGCGCGCUCGGGCUGAGCCGCGGGAACACUGCCCGCUCCUCGCGGGGUCCCGGGCGCAGACACCGACGGGGCAGAGAGUGCCGGGGGAGCCCUGAGUCGCCCUCCCCGGAGGGCCCCGACGGGCGGGCACGCUGAUUGGGGCCCUUCGGCCAAGGACCCGCAUCCCUCUUCGCAGCGUCGCCAUGUCCUCGGUGUUCGGGAAACCCCGCGCGGGCAGCGGGCAGCAGAGCGCGCCGCUCGAAGUCAACCUGGCCAUCCUGGGGCGCCGCGGGUCCGGGAAGUCGGCCCUGACUGUGAAGUUCCUCACCAGAAGGUUUAUCAGUGAAUAUGACCCCAACUUGGAGGACACCUACAGCUCGGAAGAGACUGUGGACCACCAGCCUGUCCACCUGAGGGUCAUGGACACUGCAGACCUGGACACCCCCAGGAAUUGUGAGCGCUAUCUGAACUGGGCCCAUGCCUUCCUGGUGGUAUACAGUGUCGACAGCCGCCAGAGCUUCGAGGGCAGCGGCAGCUACCUGGAGCUGCUCGCUUUGCAUGCGAAAGAGACACAGCGCAGCUACCCCACUCUGCUGCUGGGCAACAAGCUGGACAUGGCCCAGUACAGGCAGGUCACCGAGGCAGAGGGCGCGGCCUUGGCGGGCAGGUUCGGGUGCCUGUUUUUCGAGGUCUCCGCCUGCCUGGACUUUGAGCGCGUGCAGCACGUCUUCCACGAGGCGGUGCGGGAGGCCCGGCGGGAGCUGGAGAAGAGCUCCCUGGCCCGGCCCCUCUUCAUCUCCGAGGAGAGGGCCCUGCCCCACCAGGCCCCACUCACUGCCCGUCAGGGACUGGCCAGCUGUACCUUCAACACACUUUCCACCGUCAGCCUGAAGGAGAUGCCCACCGUAGCCCAGGCCAAGCUGGUGACCGUGAAGUCAUCCCGGGCCCAGAGCAAGCGCAAGGCACCCACCCUGACACUACUGAAGGGCUUCAAGAUCUUCUGAGGAACCCCCCGAGGACCCUAGGCUCAGAGGCUGGGCGGGGCUGCAGGAUGGUGGCUGAUUUCUGGUACUGGCUUUCCCGCUGAUGGAACAGUAGCCUGCAGUGGACAGCUGACCCCUGAUCUGGCACCAAGCAGUGUCCCGACCCCCAGUUCCACGUGUGAGCUGGAGGAACAGGCAGGAAUGCUGUCCCUAUUCCCUCUGGGGCCUUGGUUUCCAUGGUAACCACUGCAUUCCCUGCCGUUGAAGGGAAACAGCCCAGACCCCUGGGGUCAGCCUGAAGCAGGAGGAAACUGCAGUGUCCUUCGUGGCAUCAGCCCUCCAGGUGGAUGGACAGCUCCAGGAGGCCCUGCCAAGUGCAGGCCCGGGAACAUCCUGUGGGAAGGGCAGCCCUGAGGUCCUUGAGCCACCUGGUGGUCAGAAGGGCCGGGUGGGCGAAGGUUUUGCGGGGCAGGAGUCUGGCCCUCCCAUUGUCUUCUGACCUCACAGAAGCCCCAGGCAUCAAACCUCACAGUUUAUCCAAUGAAUAACUAGUUUAAACCUAUGGGACAUCCCAUAAGAAGUCAAGUCACAAGAAGGGCUAUUUCUAGUAGUUUGCCUCUCAAGGAGGGUAGAGGGAGAAGCUGUGGGUCGUCCAGGAUAGGGGGCCUCUAGAAGUGGUCACCAGAAGGCAGGGCCCCCUUAUUUUCCCGCCUGAAAUUAAGGACCCUGUCUAUCCACAGUCAGGACCAGCCUUCUCAGUGUUGUGACCAAAGCCACGGAGCAAAGCCAUUCUCUCCCAUGGGAGCGACUCUGGACUCCAGGGAGCCCACAGCUGGCAGCAUCAAGCCAGCAGGCACCAUUACCGUGUCCUGGAUCCGUGGGCAGAAACAGUGGGCCAGUUUGCAGCCUGGCUCGACAGGACUCAGUACCCUUGGCAGUGGGUCUGCGUGUUCACAGUGUUCUCUUAUAAGAUAGAACCUGAAGCAUUUGUGGUUCCUAAAGCAAAGUUUUGCAUAAAUUAUUUGGGGUUGCCCCCUCGGCUUAUACCACAGCACUAUGGCUCAGACAAGAUCAGAACCCUCCCUUGGGGCCCCAUGGUUAGCAAGAUAAGGGUCUCGUAGCUUUUUCACUCUGUGUACCAUGGGACCUCUGGCAGACCCUCAGCAGAUAAGCAGAUCAAGGAGAGGGCUCAGGUGGGAGGAAGGGGCCAGAAGGGAUUCUGAGCUCAGAACCCUGCUCCUUUCAGGAGCUUGGAUUGAGAGCAACAGCUCUAACCCGGCCGUCAGCCCUGUUUUACAGAGGUGGAGGAGCUGAGGUCUGAGGGAGGCUGUGAGGUCCUCAGGGCCGCACGACAAGUCCUGGCAGGCUUCCCGACCCACAGGCUGGCUAUGGGUUUUACUCUUUUGCUCCCCACCGCUAGUUAGUGUGGGGACCACCGCCAUUGAACAAAAUGCAGUUCCAGUGGCCCAUAUCCAGAAGCAUUUUAAUAAAAAGGGUUUGUGUGUGUUUUUUUUUCAUAAUAGAA